AAUUAGGCAAUAGUGGAAUUUUCUUCCUCCUCAGUCAAAAAGCCCCAAAUUGAGGGAUGAAAUCAGAUCCAUCAAUUGCAUGUAUAAUACUCAAUCCAAUAGAUAAUAGAGAAGCACAAUCAUAAGUUUGUCACAAGCCUCAACAAACAAUUCGAAAUCUAUAACUAGGGUUCAUCAACCUAAGUGAAGAGAUCUAGUUCAUAUAGAAGAGAGAGAUUACAAUACAAGGCUCAAAUUCUUCCAUCUUCUUAUUCUAGGGGAUGAUCUUCAACUUCCAAUGGCGAUUAUCACGUAGGUUGAAUUGGGGUUCAUUUGAUUUUAUUUUUGUUGGGUACAAGCCGGAUUCCAUCAGAGACCACGCAUAUCGAGGAUUGGGGGACCUCUUCCCCCUUUUCCAUUAAUGAUUUUUUACUUUUUCCUAAUAGUUUGGUAUUCUUAUUAUAAUUUAAUUUAAUUUUGUAUUAAAUAAUGAUGUGUCAAUGACAAUGACGUGCCGUCUACUUGUAAAAAAAUGACAUGGCGUCUACGUGGAUGUCCCGCAAAAUAAAGUUAAUAUUGCUUUGUGUGUCGUUCGGUCAACUGUUUUUUCUAACAAUUAAAAAAUCACCAUGAUAUAAAUGGCACAAAUGUACCAUACAACGUGAUAGAAAUGAAAUAUUUGAAAGAACAGAACAAAAGUGACAUUUUUUCAUAGUUCGUGUCCCGUAGAUAUUAGCCCUAAUAAAAAAAGGCAAAAUGUAUUUGCUGAUUCCAAAUGAACACUUUCUGCGCAUAUGAGUUGCAAAGCGAAUUCUAUAUGUGUUCAUUCAAGAAAUGGAGUUUAUAUAUUUUCCUCAACUAGUUCUCGUCAUUGUUAUAUUCGAUUUUCUUUACUCCCACUCUAUCAUCUGACUGACUCGUGCCCCUCGGUUCCUCUCUCAGCUAUAUAUUCUGAUUCUCGCCGUAUGUAAUAUAUUCGUAUGUGGAGAUUUGGAGAGAGCUGCCAUAUCUUCUAGAAAAUAUUAGAAAUAUAAACAAUAUACGGUGGAUCAAGACAAAGGUGAAUGCAAUUCCCAUUUGUGGUCUUUUUGGGGUUAUGAGUGGCAUUUAAACUAAUCCAUGGUGCAUUGUGCGUGAAUCAUUGGCCAUAAUCAUUGCCAAUCGAUUGAUCGAUCUUAGCUGUGGUAGAUAAACAAUAUAGAAUUAGAGGCCGGUUGACGAUGAUGCAUCCUAAUGUGAUUUGCCUUCAGGUUUAAGACUGAGGUGUUCUCUUCGUUGAGGAUAUAGAUAUUAGAUAGGAGACUUGGGGGAGCAAUAUAAUUAGGAUGAUGAAUGUUUUAUGCGUUUACUAAACCGACAAGUGUCACAUUAUUGAUGUAACUAUGUUUGUCCGGAAAGCUUUGAUCUUCUUCGUAGAGGGGUGAUCCAGCUUUUAAUUAGGGCUAGGAAAUCGUUCGGUCUGGUCAAAUUGAACUGAAUCGAUUCAGUUAACUAGAUACAGUUUUAACCAAAUUCGUAAUCGGGAGACUUGAUUGAAUUAAAAAUAGUCAUCCGUAACCGGAUUGAAUUGAAAAUUGUUCGGUCUGGUUUGAAACAAAAAAACAUAAAGGUUCACUUCUCUCCCAAAAUGUCAGCAUAUAAGUCAAAUUACAUUAAAAAAAAUCAAGAGAGGUGACUGAAAGAGAUGUCGAGAGAGGAUCGAUCAUCUCUUUGCGGGAUUCGUGGCAAUCAUCACUGGAAUUGGCCACUAGUGCUCCUUGAAAUACUCAUCCACCUUGAUCAGCAAUUGCGUUGUCUUCCUUGGCCUCGAAGUCGAGAAUCAUGUCAAUGGGUUGCUAGCUCUUUAUUCCUCAAUCUACCGAGAUUGGAAAAGUGGAAGGAAGAAGUCCCUCACAACGGCGCCAAAAUUUGAUCUAGAUGUUGUAGCAGUCAAAUUUACCUAGUCCGAAGACCAAAAUCAUAUUACCCUAGGAUCUCUCACAACAACUUACUCAUAUGGUGAGGGACGAGUUCUUUUGUGAUUAAAACGCGACUCUGGAGAUUGAGUUGCCUCCGGGUUGAAGUUCCCCUUGGAUUUACAAAACUAAAAGGAAAGACAAUUCAUAAAACAAAAACUAUAGCUAAUGGCUAGUGGAGGAAGCAGGAGGAUGGUGCAUUGCACAGGCAAGCUACCCCUAGAGUUCUUUAUACUCGUAACGUUAAUAAUGACAACAUACCCAUUGCUUGAUCCUUGUAGUAUCUAUUCCUACAUUGUGUUAUGACUUUUACCAGAUAUGAUAAGCAACAAGGCCCCUACGAAUUUCUUCUUUGAGGUGUCGCGCAGUAAAAUAGAUUGAAGAUCAAUCGUGUAAGAUGGUCGUGUACAGUCUUCACCCUAUGUGACUAGGAUUUUGACGCAUAUAUCUCGAAUGGAUAUAUGCUUCGUGAAUCUUGCAAUCAAUCGACAAUAGAUAACACAAAAGAAACAAGAAAAAGAUAAAAGAAUCAAACAUCUUGUAUAUGCCAAAAUCGAAGGUUACAAAGUCUAGAACCUUUAAGCUCACCCACCUAUGCAACUAAGGAAAUUAGCCGACCAUGAGAACGAGAUUCAUGGGAUACAUCAGUCGUAAUGAGAAUCCCAAUGAGCUCCCCAAAUUUGCACCCAAAUCAGAGAUUUCAGGGACACGACCGUCAAUUUCAGUGUCGAUUUGCCUAUAGUAACCGGUGUCGCUUUAAUAAAGUCAGGUAAUUAAGUCACUCUGUCAGCAGAAUAAUGACUCUCUAAUGCAUCCUAUCAUUUGGCUACCCAACUCUUUCUGAUAGAGGACGGUCAACUAACGCUUCUUCGAGUCUCAAUCAACCUCUUCUAACUUGGCCACCAUGAAAAGCAUAUUAUUUAAAGAUUCUGGCAAUUUCUGGACAAGCCUCAAAACGACAGCUUGAUCGUCGUUUUAGUGAUUAGGCUGCUGAUUGAGUUGACAAAAUUCAAGGAAAUGUUAGACUUGAAUGCACAAGAAUGAAUUGUGUAGAGCAAGGACGCAGAAGCUUGCACUAUUGAAGAAGAACUGUGGAACUGAAGGUUCUAGUGUUCGUAGUGGAUGAAACGUUCCAUCUCGAUCACAAAACUUUACGUUACACUCUCUCGUUUUGGUCUGUCAUGAUAAGUAGUGUUGUUAGUUUCUUUUAGACAAAUGGCAGACUCCCCCGUGAUUUUUUUUACAGUUAUCGCCCAAUCAACUUUGAAGUGCUCUCAAAUAGAGAGAGCUGCCCGUAACAAUAAUGUUGCACAUUUCUGAUGAUCUACUUGUUCGGCUUGCCACCGUUGUCUGAAAUCCAACAAGAGGAGCUGAAGAUUGCAAGAUAUUUUCCUCCAUCUAUUUUCUGCUCUUAUCUCAUUCCUUCUUCGGUAGGCUCACACAAACUAAAAAUUGGAUAAAAUUUGAACCAACUCAAGAUUGCAGUACUGGCGCUACAGGUAGAGCAAUGGUCAGUUGGUGAUACAUGCAUGUAUCAGUAUGAGGAAAGGCACACCGUGAUUGCGCCUCUUAUUUUCUCUUUUGGGUACCAAUUAAAAGAUUUCAAGCUUGGAAAGAAGAGAAAAAAAGCUGCUGCCAGCAGCUUUCCAAUAUGUUGUUGCAUGUUGAAGCGCCAAAAGGAAUGCGCCGCUCUCUCUUUCUCUCGAAUAUCUUCAUCAUCAAAAUAAUACUAUUUAUUUGCAUUGUUUGUGCUACUGUUAAAUUUCCUCUUCACUAUAUUCCUUUGCAUAAUAAAUUCCCAUUUUGACCAGGCGACUCUUUUCAAUUUUUGCGUUGGAGAAAAGAGUAUAGAGCAGUGAUCGCCCAACGGAUCAUCAAUAUAAUUGUUUGAUUCCAGUAUAGUACAACGUCGUGAACAAUAACUAAUAUGUUUUUAU